GCGCUUCAAUAUUUUGGGCGCCAACUUUCAAAAAAAAAUUUGGGCACUAAAAUUUUUUUUUCUUCAUUAUAAUUUUUUUUCCCUUUAACCCUAAUCCCCAAUCUCAUGCCUCUCUCUCUCUCUCUCAAUCACGCCUCUCUCAGGUACGAUUCUUCUUCUAUAGAGCCUAAGAAAGUGAUGGGUUUUAUCAUUUUUUUAAAGAUAAUUGUUGUUGCGUUUAUCCAUGGGUAUGGAGAAGUCUAGUUAUAAUUCCUUUCUGAGAUCACUUUUCAUUUGGAUGAGGGUGAUAGUGGGUUUUAUGGUUUUUAAAAACUAAUUUUAUAAUCAGUCUCAAGUUAUGAGGGUGAAAUAGCUUGGACGCAUUAAAGGAGCCAUGGCCAUGGUUACAUGUCCAUCGACUCGUGAUGAACCGAUUAACUUGAUCACCUUGGGUUUAUUUGUUUUUUGGAUUACAUAUCUAGGUGUAGUUAUGAGUUUCAAGCUGUUUGUUCUUACUUCCAUUUGUGUUUUGAGUUAUUCGCUGUCCUGUUGAUUAUUUAGUGCUACAGUUGAUUUUUGAGUAGAACUAAACCUUCAAAUUCUUUUAUAUGGUUUCAUGUUUGUUUGAUAGUUCUGUAGAGGCCUUAUGCUAAAGUUCUGUAUCAUUUCUUAUAUAACCAUUUUGUUGAAGUUCCAAACCAGUGGAACUUCCAAAUUGUGGUUAUGUUUAUUUGUCUUCUAAAAUUUUCUUUUAAUUCAUUCCUUUUAUCAAUUUUUGCAUUGACGGUCAAUUUAGUCAUUCCCCAUUAUGUCUGUACAAGGUUAUUUGUUUUUCUCAUCUUCAAAAGAAAGAAAGAAAGAAAGCAAAAGAAUUCCUCUUCUCCAUGCUGAAUUGUGCUAUGUUACAAUUGUUAUGCCAGGUAGAGAAUUAUGGUGGGAUUUAAAAAUAGGUACAUGAUUGUGGAAGUUUUCUUGGAUCCUAAUAGAGAUCUUGCUGGGCAUGAUCCCAUCAUUAUUACCCAAUUUAAUGUCUCAAAAGGGAUCAAAGACAGAAUUCUUGUAAACUUUGGAGAUUGUGGUCUUGUUUCAUCACUUGGAUCCUUCCAAGUCAAGUAUGUGAAUCCCAUCACAAAGCUUUGCAUCAUUAGAGCUUCAAGGGAAGAGUACCAAAAGAUUUGGUCUGCCAUCACCAUGGUUAGGAGUAUUGGAAAUUGCCCUGUGCUAUUUAACUUAUUGGACCUAAGUGGGAGUAUAAAGGCUUGUAGAAAUGUAGCCUUGAAGUAUGAUGAGCUAAAAUUUGAGCAGUACAAACUUGUAGUUGGGGCUUCUCUCGCCAUCGAUGCUAUUCAGCACAUGCAAAACUGUCUAGACAAGAUCAAAGUUUUGGAGCACUGAAAGUAUUGCUGAGAUCAAAGGGGGUUGGGGGUGGCUUAAUCAAUGGAUCCCAGACUCUCAGCCCACCGCCAAUACAUCGAUCCCAUUUAAAUCCUUCCUCCACAGUACUCCACCCUCACAUCACAUACCGUUGGCAAAUACAAAAAGAAAAGCAAUACGUGCACAUGAGCCAUGUGUGUUGUGUAUAAAAGCCACUUGACUUUGCUUUUCUCUUGGUCAUUCUUCCAAUUUACUCAGUGUUAAGACGGAGACUAGUUCUGAACAUGAUGCUAAGGUUUAGGAUAAGCUACAGGUUGUUCCUUCAACUAAAACCAAAGCUUAGUGAGUAUAAACUCUGCCACUCAAUGACAUGCUGCUUUGGAGUGGAUAUUGUCUGCUGAGGUCGGCGGUGAUAUUGUUUCAUUUUAACUCAUGUUUAAUUUUUUUUUAGGAUGGUACUCGCAGAGAUGAAGAGAACAACUCAAAUAAUAACAUAGAGGUUGAAAGCAACUUGAAGGGUGACUCAGAGGAAGACUAAUAUAGAUCUUGUCAUAACUCUAGUUGUUUAAGUUUAAAAAAAGGGUUUAUCCAAAAAAAGAAGUUUAAAACAAGGUUUAAUUUCAAGAUUUCUUUGUAUAUUUUAUAUUUUAAAGUUUGAACUUAUAUGAAUUUUUAUCUUUUGAUGGAUCAAUUUUUAGUAA